UGUCCAUAUUUUAGGGCAGUACUGUGUGAGCGAUUGGUGAUGGCGGAGGCGAGCUCCAUCUUGUUCUUGGCACUCUUCCUGGCGCUCUUCGUCGCGGCGCCGGCAUUGGAUUCGCCGCAGUACACUGUGGUGCAUUCCGAGUCGGAUUUCGAGGUGCGGUGGUAUCGGCCGUCGGCAUGGAUGACCUCGCAGCAGGAGGAUUUGUCUUUCACUAGCGCAACGCUGAAAGGAUUUCACAGAUUGUUCCAGUUCAUCCAAGGCGCCAACUUAAACUCUUCGCGAAUCCCAAUGACAGCUCCCGUGCUCACCGGCAUAGUCCCUUCCACGGGCCCGUUUUGCUCCUCAACCUUCCGGGUCCGCUUCUUUCUACCACCGCAAUUCGAAAAGUCGCCUCCAGUGGCACUCCCGGAGCUCAGCCUCGCUCCCGAGUUUUGGCCCGAGCGAUGCAUCGCCACCCGCUCCUUCUCGGGCUUUGCCAAAGACGAGAACGUCGCGGUGGAGGCCGCAAAGCUUGCCGCCAGCUUGAGCAAGACACUGUGGAGCAAUGCUACGUCCAAGGAAACCAUCUCCGGCGUCGACUCCUACUCCAUCGCGCAGUACGACAGCCCUUUCAAGAUCUUUAGCCGCCACAACGAAGUCUGGGUGCCUCUCGCGAAAUGCUCGGCCGCCAAAAACUGUCUCCCAGAACGAGUUGCCGACGACAAUACCGAAGAACGAAGAACUUCCUCCUAGAAAAGAAAGAGGACUAGCGUAAAUAUCUAAGCAUAAUUAGUGUAAGUGGCAGGCAGCUAGAAUCCUUCAUUCCAGCGCGCAAAAAUCGGAUUUUCGUGUUCUCUCUCGGUCGCCGGCUCUCUCAGGUCCUGUUCUCUAGAGAUUUUUGUAGUAUGCCACAGCAGCAAGCAUCGGCAAGCUUCUUCCGGAGCGCUCAAGAACACGCUGGAUAAUCCCCAGCCGGGAGGAGAAACCAUGGAGAAGCUUGCUCGCCGCUGCUGCUACGUUUGCUGCUGCCUCAUCGUCUCGAUCCUCGUCGCGGUGGCAGUGAUCGCCAUCGUUCUAAGGGUCGUGCUCAAGCCCAGGGACGUGGACCUCAGCGUCACUCGCAUGACGCUCCAGGAGUUCGAGGCAUCGCUAAACUUCCCGACGUUCACCCCGACGCUCAAGCUCGUCCUGGCCAUGGACGUCCGGGUCUACAAUCCAAACAGGGCCAGCUUCGCCUUCUCCAACAGCACCGUCUUGAUGUUCUACCACGGCCAGGAGUCCGCGCGCACGCUCGUCCCCGCUGGGAGGAUCCCGGCCAGGGACUCCGUGAACAUCUCCACGGUGCUGGACGUGGCGGCCAGCAGGGUGAUCGCCAAUCCAAGCUUUGCGGGCGACGUGCGCGCGGGGAUUCUGCCCGUGACCACGGAGAGUGCGAUCAAGGGGCGCGUCAAUGUGUGGAACAUCUACCGGCAUUCGAUGGUGAGCGUCUCCAAGUGCCAGAUCUUGCUGGCGGUGGCCAACCAGACCAUCGCGAGCUACAAAUGCGAAAACAAGAAUAUCUUCUAGGGGUGAUUA